GUUGGAGCGAAGAACUUCAGCGAGGAAGUAGUAAAUCUCCACUCACCCUUAUUACGGCUUUGACGCUUGGAUGGAUUGACUUGACUGUUGUUCCUUCAAUGAACCAGUGGUAAUAUUUUGCUCUGAAACAAGAAGAAGUUCCAUCUGCAGUGCAGUACAUUUCCUAUUCAACACCAGAUGCACCAAUUUCCAAGAGCACUAACAAUAGAAGUUAAAGAGACAUCAGGCAGCAGCUUUUUAUAGCUUUGAAAAGGAUUUGUAGUCUUGGAAAAUACGUGUACAUGUACUUUUUUCCGACGAUAAAUGACAACCAUGAUUAUAAUGGAGUGUUUUCAUGAUUCAAUACCUUAUCAAAUCGGUUGAAAAAAAAACUCACCCACAGGAGUGAACUGAAGUGGAGGAGCAAGUUCUUGUUCUGUAUAAAGUCCAGAUUAUUGACAAAUUUCAAAAUGGCCACCCCUGGAGGAUCGUCAAGCAGCAAGAAGAACAAGAAAAAGAGGAACAGCGCCCCUGUAGUCUCGUCCCCCAACACCAUCACAUACGGACCUCCACCUCCCCAGGCAGGUGCCUAUCCAGCAGUGCCGGUGCAGCGUCCGGGUUACCCUAUGCAACCUGCAUUCUACGCCCCUGCUGGGUACCCAGUACAGCCCCCUGGGGGUUUCCCUGCCCCUGCACCAGCAGCGGGUGCUCCUAGGAUGGCACUCCCUGCCAUCCCUGUGAUGCCACAACAGCAGAUGCCACCGCAGACACCACAGAGGCAACUAGACUUUGAGCAGGCAAUGUCGGAUUUCAAGGGUAUGUUCCCUGAGAUGGACCGGGAUGUGAUCGAGACUGUUCUGAGAUCCAACAAUGGUAAGGUAGAUGAGACCAUUGAUCAGCUUUUGAAAUUGAACGCCGACAUCCCCGACAGGGCACCCCCACCUGCCAUGCCCCCUUCAGCGGCUAUCUCUGUACCCCCAUCACACCUCCCACCAGAGAUGAUUCCCCCUGAUAAUUUCCCUGAUCAGCCACCUCCAUACUCUCCUCCGGAACCAGAUAGUCCUUUCUCAAGGUUCAACAGUAACACCAAUGCCCAGUCCAACACUGCCAGAGGAACCCCUCCCGUGCCAAGCAGUCGCGACCCCAGCAGCCUACCCCGGACAGCCCCCCAGCUCCCUCCCCCUCGCAGGGCCCGGAGCGUGGGUGGAGAGGAGAGCGUGAGCAGCGCUACCAGGGAUAACUACAGGAACGUGAUGCAGAGAAUGGAGGAGAUGCAGACCUCAAGGCAAUGGAAUCCUCCGAUGGUUGGCAAUCUACCAUCAGAUUUCUUGAGGUUAUCAGUCUCGGGAGGCUCGCCGUCAGGCACAGCUGUUUCGCCAUCAUCUCAAACAUCACAACCACGGAUGACACCAGGCAUUCAGCAGAGAUUAGAUGAGAACACCAGUAGACGGAGAUCCAUGGGUCAGCACGAUGCGGAAUCAAACCAGAUGCUGGAGGAUGAAAAGCUGGCGCUGAUGCUCCAGAAUGAGGAGUUCCUUCAUCAGCUUCAGCAGGAUCCUGAAUUCCUGUCAGCCCUGGAGAGAGAUUACCAUGAUGCAUUACGGGAGGGAAGGACCACCAGCAGUUCGACAUCUGGAUCUUCAUCUAUGUCAACUCCCACACCUACUCCCCCUCCACGCCCAUCGCAACACCCUCUUCACCGGCAGCCUCCUCCAGACCUUGCCAAUCGCCCCCUCCCUGCAACACCACCUCCAGAACUCCCAUUUAGACCGCCUGGCAUGAGGAGAGAAAACAGUGGGUCUUCUCUUCCUUCAUCCAGUGUCUCGGGAGGCGGGAUGACCAAUGGAGCAACAAGUGCCUCUGGAGGACUCUCUAUGGAAGAUAUUGAGUUCAGGAACAAACUCAACCAUAUGGGCAAAUCUUCCAAGACAAAAUUAUCUCUGCUGGCCGGAAGAUUUCAGAAGAAAAAGAAGCCCUCAAGGAAAUAUGAAACAGAAGAUAGUGGUGCUAGUGAUGCUUUGCUAGGGGGUGAAAGUCUUUAUGAAGAAUUGAAAGAUAAUGAGCCAGCUCAUGAACAUUUAUUGAAGGUUAGAAAACGAUCAUCCAAGAAAAGACAAUUGCUUUGUAGUGGCAAGCAGGAUUCCUUGUUAAAUCAUGAAGAUUCCGAUCCUUAUUUCUUCUCCAGAUGAAAAUGGACAUUUCCACGAGGUAUAAGGCUGUAGCAACACUUUGGAAGUAUACCUAGGUGCUCUAAUGCUCCUCAAGCAGGUGACUCCUAAAACCACUUUGGGUCUUAAUUUUAUUCACACAAAAGGUAAAUUGCCACUUGGUCCACAUCCGAUUCAUCUGCUUUCCAUUUGGUCCUAUCCCACAUGGUCUUGCUUCGUCUCUUACCGCUUCAACUAUUUAACCAUGUUACAAUUGCCACUGAAGGUCAUUUUACCAUUUUGCUUCUUUGUCCAGUUCGGCCAUACCCACUUCAUCUAUUGACCUGGUUUUACACAACUUGGUCUAUAUGAAAAGUUGAUGUGUGUAAGAACUAAAUUUUCAUUUGACAAAGUGUAAAAAUCUCGACAAAGUAAAAAUUCAUCCGUCUGGGCAUUAGACUAGAUGACAGUCAGGGAAUAUUAUACCUGGGGCCUGUUUUCAUAAAACCUUGUUAUGAUAAAAAUAUUUGCAAUAACAGUUAAAACCUACUAAAGUCAUUCAAUUUGAUUGACUAAUUGAUCAGGGGCCACAGAAGUGGGCGUAGGGGGUUCAGGGCCCCCACUUUUUUCCAAAACCGUGCACAAAAACGUAAAAAUUACCAUAUGAUUGUGAUUUUUUGCAUGGUCAGCCCCCCCCCCACUUUGAAAACUGUUCCGCGGCCCCUGUUGAUGGUAGGCUAAGUUGGUUUAGCCAUGAUGAUGACAUUAGAUGAUCUGAGUGUUAGACCAUCUACUAGUAGACCAAGUGCGGUUUAGCCAUGAUGAUGGUAUUAGAAGAUUACACAAUUACGACCUGAUAGUAGGCCAAGUGAAUUCAAACAAUGCAGAAAAGAAAAGGCCAUCUUCAGGAUCAUCAGAGGGAUUGUACAAGGUUGUCCUGCAAUCAAGAAGUCCAGAGGUGUAGCGUGUGACACAGGUUUUUACAUGUGAUUUCUAAUCAACCAGUACUGCCUUUGAUAGUUGUAAAGCCUAGCAACCAACCAGAAGGACCUCAUGCAUGUGUAUUUUGAAGGUAGGAAUUAGACAUCCUAUUCCGUUGUGUGUUUUGCUACCGCACCAAGAUUUCUACUUGUAUCUGUUUUUUGUAGACAACCAAAUAUUAAAUUUGUUUACAAUUAUGCUUCUGCCCACAGACAGUCAAUCCGAGGGGCAUAAUAAGUUCUUAAUAUACGUACUUGAAAGAUAUGAAAAGUGUAGGGUAUCCCUAAAUUGGCCAAAUUUGUCGUUUAUCAAAAAAGUUUAAUUCACACCACAAAUGAGGAGGAUCCUGUACCCUGAGGGGCCCCCUUGAGUGUUUUAGGUAUGGACUUGUCAGAUGUUUUAUCAGGCAAAGUUUGUUUGAUCUGACAGUUACCAUAGUAACAAGUCUGAUAUCUGUGCUUCUCAACCAAUCAAAUCAAGGGAUUUUGGCAGUUCUUGGCAACUUGUUAGAUGACAAAUAUGUUGAUGAAAGUUGUGCUCUCCUCUUCGUGGUCAUAUGACUUGGAAAUGCAGAGCAUUUAAUACAUGAAUGUGACAUGUUCUCCAAAAGAAAAUUCAUGUUGGUUAAUUACUGUGGAUUUUAUUAUAUUGGAUGCAUCAGCUUGCUGUAUGAGAUAGAUGAAAACAUAUGAAAACAAAUUUUUGUUUGAACUUCUGAAGAUUUCGCAAAUCUCAAUAGCAUGAAAUAUAUAUCCUGCUGCAACUUAGUUGAGCCUCAACUUACUAACAACAAUGAAUGUUAUAAUGCAUGAAAAUCAUGGCUACGAUUGUCAGUCUUACCUUCUGUUAAAUCAGGCCCCCAUAACAUAGAGCUUAGCAAUGGUUGCAAGACUGAUUUUUAUAAUUGAGUGCUUUGAUCAUUUUGUGUAAUAGGAGUGGGAUAAGUUGUAUGUUUUCUAUAACGAGGUAAAUUUUCCACAUUGACCAAAGUCGUAGUUCAUUUGACAGUACUGUAAAACAGUAUGUUAUUGCAAGUGUUUUUUAUCAUAUGUACGUGUAUAUGACUAUUUGGGGGUUUUUUAGCAAGAAGGGACUUCCCACACACACUCAAAAAAGACCUGGGCCUUGUUUCGUAAACCUGACAAUUCUUUUAAAAAAUCUUCUCGAGACCAAUCAUAUGCUACAGUACCAUAUCAUUAGCUUUUUACAGUAGUCGUGGGACAAAAGAAAAGCCUUUUCUCAUUAAAUUUAUAAUCAAUAACAAACGAUAGUAUUUAAUGACAAAGUUUCUCCUAAUCAUCCAGGGACUUGCUGCAAAAAAUUAGAUAAAUAAUAAUAAUAGGAUUUAUUUGGCGCACAUAUCCACCAUGCUAUUACCCCUGCUAAGCUAGUCUACCAAUUGUGGUGCGCACAGCUAUUUGAGGAAUUACUUCCUGCCGGUACCCAUUUACCUCACCUGGGUUGAAUGCAGGUAAAUCUCCUGAUGAAGGAAAACAUGCCGUGGCUUGGAAUCGAACCCAGGUCCUUCAGAUUGAAAGACAAGAGUCUAAACCACUAGACCACAAUGUCCCAGUUGUGUUUUGAAAAACACCUGUGAAAGAUGCACACUUCUGAUUGGUUGAAAAUCUACUUUGCGUCUGAUUGGUUGAAAAUCUACUUUGCGUUUCAUAUUUAGAAUUGUAUUUGAUUUUAAGUCUUGUGAAACAGGGCCCAGGUGUUACAUCAAAUGUUGGUAAUGACCUUUUUGUGUCAGGGACUCCACCAAGAUUUAAUUAUGUAGAACAUUUGUUUGGAUUGUAUCAUGUGACCAGUGUUUUGUAACACAACGCUAUUAUAAGGCAAUCAAUCACUUAGCUUUUUUUUGUGAUUGAUUGCUUGUAUCACCACGUAAAAAAAAUGUGCAAACCUACUUAUGUGAUCAAUUUCUUAGCUUUGUGUAACCAGGUCAAACAAUGUAACUUUUGUUAUAGCCUCAACUUAAAAAAAAAUAUAUAUUUAUGCUCUUUGUAUAAUGUUCAAACCUACAUAGGGUUUUUAACUUUUUGUUGUGUCAGUACUCUCUACUUUGUUGUAUUCUAAAAUUCAUUCCAUUCAUUUGUUUCUAUUGUGCUCCCUUUUACAACUCAUUCUAAGAUUUGUACAUGUAUAUUUGGCAAUAUGACGAAUUAUGAUGACUAAAUUGGGGCAUGUGAUCUACUGCUGUGCCUUGAAAAUUGUAUUCAAAUCAAAGUACUUCUGUGAGUAAUUGAAAUAUGUGAUUGCCACCUUGUUGUUUCGACGUAUAUGUAUAAAUUGAUUGUAUUAUAAAGUGUCAUUUAUUGGCACAUGACUGGUAAACUUUGAGAGUUGAGAUAUACUUAAAUAACAAUAAGAAACAGUGAUUCUGAGGACAGUGUCAAUGUUUAAUGAAUUCUUUUCUAUGAAUCUAUUGAGAUUUAAGCGAUAUGAAUUUGUAUUGAGUCAAGGCUUUUUAAUGGUAUUCAGAAUUGGUAUGUCUUAUGUGUUACUUUUUUUGUUUCAGAAUUCUCAAAAGUCCCCAAAA